AUGGCAACCAGAUGUGAAAUCCUGUGCGAAAUCCUACUCGCAAUCUUGAUCCCUCCGCUUGGUGUUUGCCUCAGUCACGGUUGCUGCACUGUGGAGUUCUUUAUAUGCUUGGUAUUGACAAUUUUGGGCUAUAUUCCUGGAAUAAUCUACGCUCUCUAUGCGAUAGUGUUCGUUCAGCGAGAUAUGUACCGUGGCGAAUACUAUCAACUUGCCUAG